GUUGGUGGGGCGGGUCAUGUUUCUACUUGUAACGCUCCAAGCCAGGCUCUAAAAUUAAAAAAGGUGCCUUGUUGUCUUUUUGACGUAACGGCCCGCUAAAUCGAGAGGAUUGGCAUGAGGAGAGACUCUACGUCACAGACCACAAACAUCGACCAACCAAUUCUGCAAAAGCUGGCAUAAUAUGGAGACACUAGUUACGCGGCGGAGGUCGAUCUCUCUGGUGCUAACAAGGAUCCUUGUUCUUUUCCCUUCCUUUCUCUCACUGUGUUUUUCCAAGCUUCACAAAGCAAGCUGACCUGUGUCGAUGUACCGACUGUACUGUAGCAGCCCCCUCUAGCAAGCUCUGUCUAGUUUUUUUCCACCAGAUUUUUCCCCUUCUUCCUUUCUUCUCCCCUUCUUUUUUUGUGUCUAUCACAGAAUAUCCUCUCGUUUUUUUGUAUCGCAUAAACAAAAGUCGGCAUCAUAUCUUGACGAAAAAGAGGGUUUACUCCGUCCAUCGUAAUACCAUUUUUUUUUUGGCCCUUACCGUCCCUCGUUUAAUUCCCGUUUUAGGUGCCGCCGCAUUGCAUCACAGCCCGGCACUUCCGAUAGCGAGCUCAUCUUAUCGCAUGUCAUAAUCGGCAAAUUUACCUGGGGAUUGUUUCUGAAGAAGAAGAGGACCACGAAUAUCGUCGCACAUAACAACUCUCGCUUGCUCAGUUAUUUUUUUGGGAGUCUUUUUUGGGACUGAAGACACAGAAAGUAGCGAAAUCAUGGGUUUUAAUCCGCCAGGCCAAGGUAAUGGCCCAAACUAUGAUGCGCCACGGGAAAUGCAAGAUUUACCAGCUGGCCAAGCUUACCACUUCCGCGAAUCUGACGAGACAGCCGCCGCUCGCGUUUCUCCUGUGAGCAAUCCUUACGAACCAGACUACGAUCAAUUGUCCCCCCCUCCUCCGCUGGGCGCACAACGACCCGUCCCAGAGCAGAACGACUCGAGCCGCGACCUCCUACACAGUUCAUACCAAGGGAGCCCAGGCCACAGCAGCUUUGAUGGCCACAGUUUCGGCCACAACAGCUAUGGACCUGGUGCUUUUGGGCAUUACCCUGCUGAUCAGCACGGUCGCAUGCCUGGGUCUCCCGGCUACGAAUACCCAGAGCCUGAGUACGAUGUCGAAGCUUCACGUUUGGCAGAGUCUCGUCUCUCCGUCAUGCACCGCGCACCUACGAUGCAAGAUUGGGGCCAAAAUGGCGAGGCUCUGUCUGUUCCAGACUUUGCCCACGGGCGCCCCGACUCAACGUACCAGGAAUUCGAUGUCGACGAGAGCUGGAUGAUGCGACAGCAGCAGAACCAGCUUGCAGGUGGUCUCGGUCGCUCAAAGACCCGCAAGGUCAAGCUUGUCCAGGGCUCCGUCCUCAGCAUCGACUACCCCGUGCCCAGCGCCAUCAAAAACGCCGUCGAACCGCGAUACCGAACCGGCCCCGGAAGCAUGGAGGAGGAGUUCACAAAGAUGCGCUACACAGCUGCUACAUGCGACCCCAACGACUUCACCCUGCGAAACGGCUUUAACCUCCGGCCCAAGAUGUACAACCGUCAUACAGAGCUGCUCAUCGCCAUCACCUAUUACAACGAGGACAAGGUGCUACUUGCGCGCACCCUCCACGGAACGAUGCAGAACAUUCGGGACAUUGUGAACCUCAAGCGCUCCAAGUUCUGGAACAAGGGAGGCCCCGCGUGGCAGAAGAUCGUCGUUUGUCUCGUCUUUGACGGUAUUGACAAGGUCGACAAGAACGUUUUCGACGUGCUCGCGACAGUCGGUAUCUAUCAGGAUGGCGUUCUCAAAAAGGACGUCAACGGCAAAGAAACCGUCGCCCAUAUUUUCGAGUACACCAGUCAAGUCUCUGUAACACCCGAUCAACAGCUUGUCCGUCCCGAUCCCGACAAGCCUCAUCGCAAUCUCCCUCCCGUCCAAUUUAUCUUCUGUCUCAAGCAGAAGAACAGCAAGAAGAUCAACUCGCAUCGCUGGCUCUUCAAUGCCUUUGGCCGCAUUCUUAACCCGGAGGUCGCCAUCCUCAUUGAUGCCGGAACGAAGCCCGGCCCGCGCGCCCUCUUGUCCCUCUGGGAGGGCUUCUACAACGAUCGUGAUCUCGGCGGCGCCUGUGGAGAGAUCCACGUCAUGCUUGGCAAGGGUGGAAAGAUGCUUCUCAAUCCGCUCGUCGCGGUGCAGAACUUCGAGUACAAGAUCUCCAACGUCCUCGAUAAACCUCUCGAAAGUGCCUUUGGAUACGUUAGUGUUUUGCCUGGUGCCUUCUCGGCGUAUCGCUUCCGCGCUAUCAUGGGUAGACCUCUGGAGCAGUACUUUCACGGCGACCAUACGCUCUCCAAGUCAUUGGGCAAGAAGGGUAUUGACGGCAUGAACAUCUUCAAAAAGAACAUGUUCCUUGCCGAGGAUCGAAUUCUCUGCUUCGAGUUAGUCGCAAAGGCCAGUCAAAAGUGGCAUCUCAGCUACAUCAAGGCCUCCAAGGGCGAGACUGAUGUUCCCGAAGGCGCUGCUGAGUUUAUCGGCCAGCGACGUCGAUGGCUCAACGGAUCUUUCGCCAUGUCGCUCUAUUCCCUCAUGCACUUUGGCCGAAUGUAUGGCUCAGGGCAUAACCUCAUUCGUCUCUUUUUCUUGCAUAUCCAGUUCGUGUAUAACUUGGUCAACGUCACGUUUUCCUGGUUCUCGCUCGCGUCUUUCUACCUCACCACCACCAUCAUCAUGAAGCUUGUCGGAACGCCUCAGGUUCUCUCGGGAUACCAUGGUUGGCCAUUUGGCGAUACAGCCACGCCGAUUGUCAACGUCUUGGUCAAAUACAUAUACAUCGCCUUCCUCGUCCUCCAAUUCGUUCUCGCUCUCGGAAACAGGCCUAAAGGCGCGCAAUAUACUUACGUCCUCUCGUUCAUGGUCUUUGGCCUUAUCCAGCUGUAUCUUCUCGUCUUGACCGGUUAUCUUGUGUACCGCGCAUUCACUGGAACACCCAUCGAGGAGCAGAUCUCCUUCGCGUCCGGCAAAGCCUUCUUCGAUAGUUUCUUCGGGGGCGAUACUGGAGUCGCGGGCCUGAUCAUUAUUGCCCUCUUCACCAUUUACGGUCUCAAUUACAUCGCGUCCUUCCUAUACCUCGACCCGUGGCACAUGUUCCACUCGUUCCCUCAGUAUCUCGUUCUCAUGUCGACUUAUAUCAACAUCCUGAUGGUCUACGCCUUCAACAACUGGCACGACGUGUCGUGGGGAACAAAGGGCUCUGACACUGCCGAAGCCCUGCCUUCAGCCAUGAUUGUCAAGGACGAGAAAGGCAAGGAAGCCGUGGUUGAAGAAAUUGAACAGGAACAGGAGGAUAUCGACAGCAAGUUCGAGAAGGUCGUCUGGCGAGCUCUCGCACCCAUGAGCGAAAUGGCAGAGGAAAAGCCCGAGAAGAAGGACGUCGAAGAUUCAUACAAGUCUUUCCGAACUGGUCUUGUUAUUCUCUGGCUUCUCUGCAACAUUGUUCUCAUUGUCGUAGUUACAACAGACGAUUUCAUCACACUCGGCGUCUCGAAAGCAUCAGACGUCCGUACGCCUACAUAUUUCCGUGUUCUUCUUUACUCAACAGCUGUGCUGUCUAUUGUUCGCUUCUUCGGCUUCCUCUGGUUCAUUGGACGAACCGGCAUCAUGUGCUGCUUUGCCAGGCGAUAAACGGGGGAGAGCGUUUUGCCGGGUGAAAUGUGUUAACGAACUACAUAUUCUUGGGGUUACAGGAGAAAAUUUUGGUGUGAUGCUUCUUGUCUGAGAGAUUUUGUUCGGGUUAGGAUGGCUUUGAGUUAAUAGUGGCAUGCAACGACUAUUACUUACCGGCGUUGCAAAUCAGAGGCAGAUUGCUUUCGGAUUCUUAAUCUAAUCUAUAUUUUUGUAUUCAGGAUCACAGCCACAUGCAUCUGUACCUUUGGCGCCGGCCCUCUUCACAGAUGGAGUCCGGUGAUCAGCAUGAAGGGCUCGUGAGGCAGCCCGAACUUCACUGCCUAUCCACUAGAUCUACUUCCACUAUUGAGCCAGGUAUUGCGGAAUAUAUUCGCGGUCGCCUCUGAGGACUGUCAUAUAUCGUCUCAGGCAGAGUCAGAUUCUAGUAAAACCUGCUUGACAGGAUCACGACUCCCAUCUCUAUGAUUUGCAUACCUCAGUAUCUACAACUUGGCCUUGAGUUUCAGCUUGCUCUCUGCCUCUUUUCUCUUUCGCCUCCAGCUCUCUAACCUCGGUGCCACCAUGUCACCCCAGAUAACCAGCCACUGUGGAUCAAAUGCAGGCAACUUGCGUCCAGAUGUCCCUUCAGCAGGCUCUCCAGCGAUGCCCCUUAGAUACUCGAAGAAGCCUUCAUAGUCAGGCGCAAUUGAGUAGUAAUCCUUCCCUCCUCUCUUCUCAUUCACACGUUGCCGUUCCCAUUCUAGCUGCUCAGGAAUAGAGGGCAGUGCUUUCGCACGGCCGGCAAGAAAACGGGCGAUGGCUACGCUUUGCCACUCGUAGGCUCGAAAUGUGAAACCUCCUCCAAGCUGCAAGACUAAGUCAGUUUAAAAGGCAGUUGUGAGUCAGAAGACUUACCAUUCCAACGAAAGUCAGCGUUGGAUCUUCAAUGUUCCACGUAUGCUGAUAUACACCAGGAAGCCGACGAUAGGCAUUCUUGACACGCUUCUGAACCGCAGGGAUGAAAGGAAAACUGAAGGUAUAACCAGUCCCGUAAAUGACAUGAUCUAUGUUAUCAAGAUGUGAACCGUCGGUGAAGUGCACACGGCCAAUCUGUG